AAAAAAAAUAUAUUCAGUGAGAUUACAAUCCCCCCUUUCCUUGUCUCGCUCGCGCUAUUUCCUGGUCCGAGUGUCGUCUGGUGAAUUCGCAGGAUUUGCUUCUGCUUCAAUGGAUCUCGCAGGCGAGGUCGGGUUACGGUUGCUUCUCUGCCCAGUUAGCUCCAACAUUGUUGUCCGGACUGCGUGCUGUUCUGUGGGGAUUGUGUUCCCUGUUUACUCAACAUUUAAAGCCAUUGAGGAGAGGGAUCAGGAUGAGCAGCAGAGAUGGCUUAUUUAUUGGGCAGCUUAUGGAAGUUUUAGCGUUGCCGAAGUGUUUGCGGACAAAAUUCUCUUCUGGUUUCCAGCUUACUACUACAUGAAGUUCGCAUUUCUGGUCUGGUUACAAUGUCCAUCGGGCAAUGGUGCCAGGCAAUUAUACAGGAAUGGUCUACGUCCUUUCUUGUUGAAGCAUCGAAGAAGACUAGAUCAAAUAGUUGGACUGAUCUAUGGUGAACUGAACAAAUUCGUGAGUUCACACCAGGAAGAAUUUCUCUUUGCAAGGAGAGUUGUUAUGAGGAUUUUCGCAUCAGCAAACGGGAUUCUGAGUGACAGUGCUCAUCCACCAGAAGGUCAAAAUAUUGCUGCUAUUGAGGGUCCUGGGAACCAAAAUCAAGAAUCAGAAUCAGGACAUGAGGAUUGAUGCUUCUUUGCCCGAAACAUACAUACGGAUACUUUGCUUGCUUGAUAUAUAUCAUAAAGUUUUAGGGCUUGACAGUUCACAGAGUUUAACAAGGAAUUCUGAAUUGGGAUAUGGGCUUGAUUAAUCUAGUCUGCUGGACAUUUAGUGGGUUUAGUUUGGGUAUCAGGACUUCCAGGAUUUUCGUAUCCAGUAUCGUCUACACCUUGUAAAUAUUGAUGUUCGCUUUUGUAAAGGGAUGUUGCAAAGUACUCGUGACUUCCAUGGAGAUUUAUCUCUAAACUGCUUGAUCCA